UUUUACAACAAGAAAAAUUUACACGCUUGCUCGCUUGCAACUAAGGGCGGUUACGACCUUUAUACUAGUAAAUGUUUUACGAAAAUUCCGGAAGGAAAAAUUAGCCUUGGUUCUUCAUAAAUUCCUUGUGGAAAUUCAAAGUCGCUUUUGUAUGGAAACCUAUAAUCCAGACGCCAAUCGGAAAGUGGCGUGAUAUUCGCCAGUCGCAAGCUGCAACAUGUAUGGACCUCGUGUCCACGAUCUGCCUUGAAUCGCUAUCGUUUGUUUUAUCUUGGCUCGCUUCCCUGCUAAAAGGCCAAUGUUCGCGUAUAAGUUUUGAUCAGGGAAAUGCUGUGGCGACAGGUUUUUCGUAGUCCAUUUGCAGUUCCCUCACCUCGAAGAACAGUAUCCAGCCCCUCAGUCGACGCUUGCACGCCAUCGCUGGCAAGACGGUUUGCUUCUACCCAUCUUUUGGCGAGUUCGUUGAAGAUGGUUGUGCCAAAGAGCAAUAACAUGCCGGAAACGCUGGAUCCUGUUCAGGAAGCUUUGCUCAACGAAGUCUGCAUUCUGGUCGAUCAGAAUGACCAAAACAUAGGUGCGGCUACGAAAAAGGAUUGCCAUUUACUGGAAAAUGGAAUCUGCCGUCUUCACCGCGCAUUUAGCGUGUUUCUGUUCAACAAACGCGGGGAACUGCUGUUACAACAGCGUUCUGAUGCCAAAAUCACUUUUCCGGGGAUGUUCACCAACACCUGCUGCAGUCAUCCGUUGGCUGUCAACCGCGAAAUGGACGAAACAGAAGCGCGCGGUGUGAAGAAAGCUGCUCAGCGGAAACUGGAGCAGGAACUGGGCAUUCCUCUGGAGCAGGUGCCCUGGGAAGAGUUCCACUAUCUUACGCGCAUUCACUACCAGGCCGCAUCCGAUGGAAAGUGGGGCGAACACGAGAUUGACUACAUUCUGUUCCUGCAGAAGGAUGUCGAUCUGGUGCCCAAUCCCAAUGAAGUCAAGUCGGUGCGAUACGUCACACCGGAAGCGCUCAAAAACAUGAUGGAGGAAGACAAAGCCGGUAAAAUUCACCUGACACCUUGGUUCCGCUUAAUAUGCCAAAGUCAGCUGUUUGAAUGGUGGGAAAAUCUGCACAAUUUGCGCAAGUUUGAUGAGCACGCCGUGAUACAUCGUUUGUCGUAACUUUUCAUUGUUUAUUGAUUGGUUUUAUAGUUUUUACUUGUUAGCUCCAAGUUUGCUGACAAAAGCAGAUGGUCCAUAAAGCAUACUAUAUAUGCACCGUUUUGAAUAUGAACGAAGAACGCUCGUGUUUUGUAGAAAUAAUUGUGAUAGUAAACUCCUGCAUUGAGUGUAUUCAUUGCGUAGAAAUAUUUAGAAACUCUU